AUGUACACCAUCACCAAGGGACCCAGCAAGCUGGUCGCGCAGCGGCGCACAGGUCCGACGCAGCAGCAGGUGGAGAGCAGGCUCGGCGAGCUCCUGAAAUGCCGGCAUUCCGCGCCGAUCCCGCAGCACCCGCGGGCACAGCCGCCGGGCCCCUGGCCCCUGUCGAGUCCAGGGCCGAGGCUCGUGUUCAAUCGGGUGAAUGGCCGCCGGCCGCCUGCCACGUCCCCAUCCUUCGAGGGAACCCAGGAGCCCUACACACUGGCCCACGAGGAGAACGUCCGAUUUGUGUCAGAAGCCUGGCAGCAAGUGGAGCAGCAGCUGGGUGGUGGCCCGGCCGGUGAGAGCGGGCCAAGGCCUGUGCAGUAUGUGGAGAGGACCCCCAACCCCCGGCUGCAGAACUUCGUGCCCAUCGACCUGGACGAGUGGUGGGCACAGCAGUUCCUGGCCAGGAUCACCAACUGCUCCUAG